AUGCAGGCUACACUACGGUUAGGGGGCUCCUCGGUCGCCCGGGGGCUCCCUCGGAGGCCUCGCCCUCCUUCGCUGGCUGCGCUCUCCUCUGCCUGGGCGGACCCCACGCCGUGUUCUCACAACGGAUUUGCCGGUACCUCGGCAGUGGCCCUCGGAUCCCGGCACCACUUCGGCUCGAAGGCAGCGGCCGCGAGCCCUCCCGUCCACGCCACCCCGCACUACAUGGACUACGACACCCUGGUGGACAUGCACCUCAUCACGCGCCAGAGCUUCGGGAACCGGCCCCUCUUCGGGACCCAGAAAGGAGACAAAGAUUCGCCGUUCGAGUGGCUCACGUACAAGGAGUUCGGCAAGCAGGUGGAUCGAUGCCGAGCCGCGCUGGCCGGGCUGGGGAUCACUCACGGCGACACCGUGGGGAUCAUCAGCAACAACCGGGAGGAGUGGGCCGUGUGUGCUUACGCCACGUACUCCCUGGGCGCAGUGUUCGUGCCUAUGUACGAGGAGCAGCGCCCUGAAGACUGGCGUUACAUUCUGGAGGACUCGGGAGCCAAGUGCCUCUUUGUGGCGACGAAGGGCAUCUACCGCGAGACCUUCCACUUCGCCGGGGUGCAGGGUAACGUGCAGAACGUGUUCUGCUUCGACCAGCCCGCCGGACAGCCCGGGUCGUUCAAGGACCUUAUCGAUACUAAUGCUGAGGAGAAGGUGCCGGCGUACAUUCCCGACCCUAGCGAGCUAGCGACGCUCAUCUACACGUCGGGCACCACGGGCAAGCCGAAGGGGGUGAUGCUGUCGCACGGCAACAUCAUCUCCAACAUCGUCGGCAUCAGGGCCAUCCUGCCAGACGACCUCGUGUCGUGUCACGAUCGCUCCCUCAGCUUCUUGCCGUGGGCGCACUGCUACGGGCAAACGGCGGAGCUCCACGCGCUGAUGGCUCACGGCGCCUCGAUGGGCAUCUCGAGGGACGUGACGGCACUGCUGGACCAGCUGGCAGAGGUGAAGCCCACCCUGCUGUACGCCGUACCGCAGCUGUUCAAGAGGGUCUGCGACGCCAUCCAUGCCAAGGUAGCCGAAAGCAGCCCGGCCAAGCAAUACCUAUUCAAGAGGUCCCUUCAGAUGGCCCACCGGCGGAGGAAGCACAUCGAGGCCGGGGAGCCCGUGGGUGCCGCCCUUGAGCUGCAGCACCGCCUUCUCGACCAGGCCGUGCUGAGCAAGAUCCGGGACAGGUUCGGUGGCAACCUCAAGGUGUCCUUCGUCGGCGGGGCGGCCACCAACAUGGAGGUGCUCAACUUUUUCGAGAACAUCGACAUCAAGAUCCUCGAGGGGUACGGCCUCACCGAGACAUCCCCGAUGGUAACCGUCAACACGCCCGAACAGAAAUUCCGAAGGCUUGGGUCGACGGGACGCUGCUUGGCGGACGUGAAUGUCAAGAUCAUGAUGGGAGGGGAGGAGAUGCCCGCUGGAGAGGAAGGGGAGGUGUGCGUUAGCGGACCCAACGUGAUGCAGGGCUACAACAACCUCCCGGAGGCGUCCUCGGAGGUGCUGUUCGACCUCGACGGACAGAGGUACUUCCGCACGGGAGACCUUGGUCGCAUGGACGAUGGAACAUACCUGCGCAUCACCGGGCGCAUCAAGGAACAGUACAAGCUCGAGAACGGAAAGUACGUGGUGCCUGGGCCCAUCGAGGCGGCCAUGACGUCGUCAACCUACAUCACCCAGGCUCUUGUGUUCGGAGACAACCGUCCCUUCAACGUCGCUCUAGUCUUUCCCGACUGGAACCUCGUGAGAUCCUGGGCGGAGAGCAAGGGGAGGGCCAACGAUGGCACAUCGCUGGAGGAGCUGGCCUCGAUGGACGUGGUCAAAAACCUCAUCGCCGGCGAGAUCGCGCUCUCGCUUGACGGUUUCAAGAAGUACGAGAUGCCCAGGACCUUCGAGCUGCUCGAGGAGGGCUUCACGAAGGAGAACAACAUGCAGACGCAGAAGCUUAGCACCAAGCGGCACGUGGUCAUCAAGCAUUACCACGACACCCUCAUGCACAUGUACGGAGACCGGGUGCACCACAACCACCUCCAAGAACAGGCCGCCUGACCACAUUCUACCUGGUGAUGGUUCAAGAUUCGGCGGGACCCCCCUGCAACAUCUUAGGGAAUCAAUAUGGGGUGAUUCGACUGGGUUUGAGGUUUACGAAUCACACAUUCACGGCACAGACCGAGUGCUUGGGGGGGUAGGGUUUUCCCGAAAGGAAGGUAUUUUCGCACGUUGGAAGGUUUUCCCAGAAGGAAGGGGUUUUCGCACGUUGAAAGUGUGACAUAGCGUGAACGCGUGCGUUCAUUUUUGAUCCGGCAUCUCAGGGAGAAGCAAGGAGGGGGAGGGAGGAUUUGUGGUGCUGUGAUGUGUUGUGGAAGACAACAACUGCUGUUACCGUGCUGUUAAUCGCGGCCGGGUGUGAAUAGAGAAAUUAAUACCGGUGUGGGGGGGGGGGCUUGAAAAUUGUGAAUGACUGUUUUCUGCACAAAGAAGCAGGUGGUACCCUGGAGAAACGCUUGUAGCGGUCGGUUGGUUGUCAAGCGGAGGCGUGUUGAGGGUUGGAAUAUGCAUGUUGAAUAGACGGUGACCAUACGCAACCAUUUUUUGUCUUUGUGCUCUUAUGUUGUACGCAUAUGGCUAGAGGAGUUGUACAUGAUUGCAGAAGGAAGGCGGUGGGGCGGGGAGAGACGGGGAGCUUCCCGAGCUUGGAUACCCUUUGUAGAUGGAGCCGUUGAGGACACACACACGUACAAGAUAGAAGGAGCGCUGUUUGUUGUGCCCCCCGCUUAUCCCAACCCCCUUUCGAUAGUGGGUUGAGGAAGGGACUUGCCUGCUGCAUGCAUGGAUAUGAUACCCGCGGGUCGAAAACUAUAAAUACACUCGAAGAUGAACAGACUUGUAUUUGGUCGAUCCUAUACUGUCUGGUAGACUGCAUGUGCUUGCCUAUGGUGUAUUUUUGGACGUGUGGCGGGAGAGGAUGUGUAGGUCUUACCCCCCCGACCGUGCGACCGCUUUCGGCUGAAGUAUCUCGACGGGAUGCAUGUUUGGUGCUGGCGUUUUUGCUGUUUGUAUGACCAGCCCUCGCUCCCGAGAUAUGGUUCAGUUUAAGAUUUGUCUCGAUCUUGCUCGAUAUAGCCUUUUUUUUUUAAGAUCAAGUCUUCCAUUUUCUAUCACAUCUUGACGACCAUUGGUCAUACAUAUAUAUGCGACAGCGCAUGGGUUGACCGUACGAUGAGACAACUGCUGUAGAGUCGAGGAUGACAAAGGGCUGUUGUGUGGUCAGCAGAGAGCCUACCCAAGAAAGUUGUACAUCGUUUGAACCAAGUGUCGCAUGUUUGGGAACAGGCAGGCUGUGCCAAUUUUUUUUCAUGGCGAACGAUGACUGACUGAAUGAAAUUUUCCUCGGGGUUUGGAGAGAUUGCCUGCCGUAGAGUAGGC